CCCUUAAACCCAAAGCCCUAAAAUCUGUCGUCUUUUAGGAUUUAGAGAAAGAAAAAACGGUAGAAGAUGAGUUUGGUGGCAGGAUCCUACGAGCGAUUCAUAUGGGGUUACAGGUUAAAACAUCGCCAGAACUUCACCCUUUCUCCACUUUUUACCUUUCCUUCCCACCAAUCCACCAUCAAGGCCGUCGCAGUAUUCGGUUCUGCAGCUGUCUCCGGUGGAUAUGAUGACACCAUCAAAAUCUACGAUCUCACGUCCUCCUCCGAGAUCGGUUUCCUCCACCAGUCAUCUGCCAUCACCUCUCUCUCCUUCUUUGCACCUCCUUCACUCUCUUCCUUCCCUCGAAAUCUCUUUGCCACUGAUGCUGAAGGUUUUCUCUCAAUUUACGAUGCCGACCCCUUUGUCCACCUCAAAACCCUUAAAGUUCAUAAGAAAGGAGUCAACUCCCUAUCCGUCCACCCCUCUGGCCAGCUAGCAUUGACGGUAGGCCACGAUGAGUGCUUGGCCAUGGUCAAUUUGGUUAGGGGCAGACGCAGUUUCUACUGCAGGUUAAGCAAAGAGUCAUCAAUUGUACAAUUCAAUGAAACCGGUGAAAAAUUCUUCAUGGUAGCUGAUGAGAAAAUAAGUAUUCACGAAUCUGAGGAUGCAAAAUUAAUUUUUGAGCUGGAUAAUCGGAAAAGAGUCCUUUGUGCAACCCCAGGCAGUAAUGGGAUUUUAUUUACUGGAGGAGAGGAUAGGAAUGUGACGGCAUGGGAUGCAGCCAGUGGGAAAGUGGCAUAUAGCAUUGAAGAUGCUCAUGCAGCCCGUGUCAAAGGCAUUGUUGUAUUAUCUAAGAGUAGCGAUUCAGGGGAGGAGGAUCCAUACAUUGUGGCAUCUGCAUCGUCUGAUGGGGUUAUACGCAUUUGGGAUGUUCGGAUGGCUAAUAAGGAGAAGACGAAUCCACUAGCUGAGGCUAAUACCAAAUCCAGGCUCACUUGUCUCGCAGGAUCAUCUAUCAAAUCUGUGAGACGACUGCGAGUUGAAAAUUCUAAUCCAGAUGAAAAUCAGGAGGCAGCCGCUAUGGAAUCAUAAUAGCUGUACUGUUCUGGGGAUAUUCAUAUAUUAUGGGUUUUUAUCCUCUUCAUUCCCUUUCCUCCCUCUCCCUUUAAUCCCCAUUUGUUUUGUUUUUACUGGACGAACAAAUUUUGUUAUGCAUGUAUUAGGGGUUUUUAUCUAUAACAUUAUUUUUGACACGUAACAGAGAGGAUAUAUGAUACAA